CGUCCAACUCGCUUGCCUCUGCCGACUUUGUUGAGCGCCAGGCUGCCCGAGCAGGCUCAGUGCGAUGACGAGCAACAUGAGCAUGUCCAAAUGGCCGAGCAAGAUGCUCACCGGCUCCCACAAGGACAGAGUCAUCUCGCUCGCGUGGUCAUGCGACGGCAAGCGGUUAGCAUCGGGCUCGAAUGACAAGACUGCUCGGAUAUGGACGCCCGAACGUGAUCAGCGAACGUCUACCGCGCUCGUGGGACAUGCGAGCGCCGUCAACAAGGUCGCAUGGCACCCCGCACACCCAGAUAUCGUGGCAUCUGUCUCUUCUGAUCACUCCGUCAAGAUAUGGGACAUACGGACGGGCAAGGCGAGCCACACUGUCGCCACGCCAGGCAUCAACAUCAACACGACCUGGUCUCCCGACGGAUCCUACCUUGUCGCCGGUGACACGAACGACAAUGUCGUCUUUAUAGAUUCGAGCUCCGGCACGAUUGCUCAAUCUUACAAGUACAACGUAGAGGUCAACGAGUUUCUGUUCAAUCAUGCGGGCGACCUCUUUCUCACUUGCAUGGGAGACGGCCGGAUAGAGAUCAGAGAGUUUCCAGAGAUUGAGACUGUCUAUCACGACUUUCUCGCUCAUCCUGCCAACUGCUUCUCGCUUGACAUGGAUCCUCGGGGGAGAUAUCUCGCAGUGGGCAGCAACGACUCUCUCGUGUCACUCUGGGAGAUGAGGGACUGGAUCUGCAUACGCACCUUCAACAAUCUCGCCUACCCUGUCCGGUCGCUUGGCUUCUCUUCGGAUGGAGAGUAUCUCGCCUCUGCAUCAGAAGAAGCUUUUAUAGACAUCUCUGCAGUCACGACGGGCGCGUCAGUACACAAGCUCAAUGUCGCUGCUGGCGUCAAUGCGAUCGCUUGGCAUCCUUUCAGCAACAUCCUGGCGUACGCCUGUGAUGACAAAGGGCCCGCCGCACGCUACGGUCCCACACCUUACAGUGGCAAUAUCGGCGUCUUUGGCAUGUAGAUCUGAGCGAGCUCGCAAAACAUGUCUGUUGUACUAUGAUGUCACUUGUUGAACAACAACGAACAUUGUCUAUGCUAUGAGGCUCGUCUAGAGAUCUUCAGAUGACAGUAGAGCGGCUUGCGCAGGAAGCCCUCCCUCGUCGGCAGCUCAUCCAGACUCUCAUCCUGCAAGUCGAUCUCGUAUCGGAAGAACAGACUGGCGAUGAAGACGAGCAGCUCCAGCCGGGCGACGUUGAGACCGAUACAGGCUCG